AUGCCUGGACCUUCUCGACCUCAAAAAAAAAGUUUCAUCAUGCUCAAUGCAAGCACCGACAUCGACUACUACUUCCCUGCAACAACUUCACUCCCGCACUGGCUUCCUGGCACAGACUGCUGCGGGUGGGAAGGAGUCAGCUGCGACGAAGCAUCCGAUCUUGUUGUUUCUCUGGACCUCAGCGAGAGCUUCAACCAGCUGAGUGCUGUCCUGCUUUUUGGAUUUGGAAAAAAAUUGGCUAAUCUCACACAUCUCAACCUUUCAUAUUCCGGACUGCUGGUAGGCCAAGUCCCCAUCAGCAUCUCUCGCCUCACAAAACUCAUUUCUUUGGACCUUUCCACAUAUGACAUAUAUCCUUUGAAGCUGGAAAAGCCUGACCUUGGUACUCUCAUCGGAGACCUUUCUCAUUUAAAAGAGCUGUAUUUGGAUGAAGUGGAUAUUUCUUCAAGCACGACGGAGUGGUCCCAAGCCAUCUCUCACUCCGUUCCUGGACUUGAAGCUCUCAGUUUGAUUGAUUGUUCGCUGUCAGGGCCAAUUGACAGUUCCUUCUCCAAGCUCCAAAAUUUAUCAAUACUUCAUCUUGAUUCCAAUUCUCUGUCCCAAGUGCCUGAAUUCUUUGCAAAAUUUCCUUCUUUAAGUGUGCUGAGUCUCAGUGGGUGUGGACUUGAGGAAUUUUUUCCAACCAGAGUGUUUGAAGAACUUUUGAACUUGAAGACACUUGAUCUUUCAUAUAAUCCGAUGCUAGCAAGGGUUUCUUUGGGGAGUUUAUUAAAUUCUUUGCUAAAGUUAAAGUCUUUGACAUCUUUGAAACUUGCUGGUUGUAAUUUCUCAGAGCCAAUACCCCGGUCAAUCUGGAAUCUCAGUGAAUUGGUUAAUUUAAACCUCGCUGAUAAUCACCUCUUUGGGGACUUGCCACCAAUGCCUGCUAGUUCAAAGAUCUCGAUCCUUGAUCUUUCUUAUAAUAAUGUCACUGGACUGAUCUCCAGUACUCUCAGCUCUGCACGUCAACUUGUGUCACUUGAUUUAGCAGGCAACUCACUCAUUGGAUCUAUCCCAAUGUCUUUGUUCACCCUACCGCAAUUGGAAAAGUUAUAUCUAGCUGACAACAAGCUCUCGGGUCAGCUGCAAGAAUUCAAAAACGCAUCUUCUACGUUACAAUAUGUUGAUCUAAGUGGCAAUAAUCUCCGAGGGAAGCUCCCAAAAAUCACUAGCCAAUCUCUCUGCUCUCGUGUUACUUGA